CAACGUUAAAAACUGACGCAACGUCCGGGUACUGUAUGGUGGCGUUCGGGCUUGUCAGGACUGUUUUGUCGCAGUCUGUCUGCUACCUGUCAAAAUAUGCAGUAAGUAGCAUGCCCUGUGAAAUGAAGCCUCGGUUCGUGCUUCUGUACGGGUCUCAGAAGGGCCAAGCCCAGUCCAUUGCAGAAGGGGUAGCUGAGGUGGCAGAGGAGCACGGACUGGUUGCUGAGCUCAGCUGCUUGGAUCAAAAUGAAAAGUACAAUUUGGAGAAGGAGAAUGCCCCAGUGGUCUUUAUUGUGUCUACUACUGGAGAUGGAGAGCCACCAGACAAUGCCCUCCAAUUUGUAAAGCGCAUCAAGAAGAAGACCCUCUCCACUGACCACUAUAAACACCUAUGCUAUGCACUUUUAGCUUUAGGAGACACAAAUUAUGCAAAUUUCUGCAACUGCGGGAAGACAAUUGAGCGUCAUCUACAGGAACUUGGAGCAAAACAAUUCUAUGCGACUGGAUAUGCAGAUGAUGGUGUAGGGCUGGAGGUGGUUGUAGACCCCUGGCUUGACGGACUGUGGACAGCAAUCAAAGUAGCCUUAUCAAAAAUGGCCUCUGAUAGGACUAGUUACUUGAAAGGAGAAGAAGAAGAUUCACCAAAAGAAACCCCUGAUUCAUCCAUACCAGAUGUCCAGCUGAACCUUUUAAGCAUCGCUGACCGCCAGAACUCUGAGUCGGUCAGAGCAUCUGUAGAAACGGUCUCCACAUCUGCAUCUGCAGCUUCUGCUACACAGACUGCUGUUUCUGAUCUCAGGCCAGCUUCUCCUGCAGGGAUCCUUGGGUUGGCAUCCCAGUCUCGUGGUGCUGCCAGUGGUUCUACAUCAGCACUGGGCACGCAGACCAAGGAUGCUGGACUUCCCCAUGUUGCACUGAUGGCCUCACUGACACGAUCCCUGCCCCCGCUGUGUGAGUCCUCUCUUAAUGUUCCUGCUCUGCCUCCUCCCUAUCUGGAUGUCUCGCUUCAGGAGGUGGACACUGUGGAACAGAUAGUUGGACCGUUAAGCGAAGAGGCUCUUCUUGAGGUUCCAAUAUCCAGGGCAGUUCAGCUGACCAGAGGAGAUUCGGUCAAAACGGCCCUUCUUCUAGAGCUGGACGUCUCUGCUUACCCGACGAUGACCUAUCAGCCAGGCGAUUCUUUUGAUGUCAUCUGCCCAAACAGGGCCACUGAGGUGGAGGACAUGCUCCACAGAUUGGGCCUUCAUGACCAGAGGAACCACCGAGUACACAUUUCUCUACGUAAAGACACUAAGAAAAAAGGCGCCCUGGUGCCACCUUACAUUCCCCAGAACAUUUCUCUGAUGUACCUGCUCACAUGGUGUCUGGAGAUCAGAAGUGUUCCUAAGAAGGCAUUUCUCCGAGCGCUGGUGGAGCAUGCGGGGGACGGUGUGCAGAGGAGGAGACUGCAGGAGCUCUGCAGUAAACAAGGCGCCGCAGACUACAACCUGUACGUGAGAGACCUGAGUCUCGGCGUUCUGGAGCUUCUCACAGCCUUCCCAUCCUGCUCGCCUCCUCUCAGCCUCCUCAUAGAGCAUUUGCCGAAGCUGCAGCCCAGGCCUUAUUCAGCAGCCAGCUCCUGUCUAAGGCACCCGGGAAAGCUGCAUUUUGUCUUCAACGUAGUAGAGUUCCCAGCAUGCUCUGGGCGGCCUGCGGGGAAGCGAGGCUUGUGUACCGGUUGGCUGUUUGACCUCAUCAAUCCUGUCCUGGUUUUCCCUGGGGGGGCUGAAUCCUCCGGCAGAACACCUCUGCCAAAGAUCCAUGUGAGUUUAAGACCCAACUGCUCCUUUCGGCCUCCCUCUGACCUGUCGCUGCCCUUCAUAAUGGUCGGACCGGGCACAGGAGUUGCCCCCUUCAUUGGCUUCCUCCAGCAAAGACAGAAGGAGAGGCAGCAGAACCCCGAGGCCACAUUUGGCGAGACCUGGCUGUUCUUCGGCUGUCGCCACAGAGACAGAGACUACCUGUUCAGAGAGGAGCUGGAGGGCUUCGUGUCCAGCGGUACACUGAGCCACCUCCAGGUGUGUUUCUCCAGAGACGACCGGGAGGAGGAGGGGGCGUUGGAGGCUACCAACUCUGCAGGACGACGCAGAUACGUCCAACACAACCUGCUACUUAACAGCCAAUACAUCACUGACAUCCUGCUCAAACAGAACGGUUACCUCUAUGUCUGCGGAGAUGCUAAGAACAUGGCUAAAGAUGUGAACGACACCCUGGUGGAGAUGAUCAGAACGGAGCUUCAGGUGGACCAGCUGGAGGCCAUGAAGAAACUGGCGGGGCUGAGAGAGGAGAAACGCUACUUACAGGAUAUCUGGGGCUGACAGCGGAUGACGAGAUAAGGGCAUUACGCAGCAUCCACUGGGCUUUUUUACACCUUCAAAAAGAAAAAAAUCAGCGUGCUCAGCCGUAACCUCUAGAACCAUGAAAUUGUGGAUGCUGAGACUCAGAGUUAGUUUACGCCACCCAAUGUUAGCAAGAUGGAAUGUACCAUGCUGACCCGGGGGUAUCGGUUCGCUACAUCAUCUUGGGCUUUGCUGUUUGAGCAGAAACGACCUUGGGCUCGGGCAGUAGUGCUGGAGAUUGGUGCUGCAGUGUGAAAAUGCUUUUAGUGUAGACAAGCCCCCUCCCCUCGUCCUCCGUCGGAUGUGAUGGAGUUAUUUUGAUGAGGCUGAGAGUGGGAUAUCGCUCCAGCCUAGAUGGAAACAGCACAGCAAUCUGUAGUUCUUUAACUGCACACACACUGUAAAUUGGUUGUUGUCAUUCAAGAUGAAAGAAAUCAUUUUUUUCCCCGGGUUGUUUUUGUCUUUGGAAUCUGCCAAACCAGCUCUAAACGCUGUUACAUGCACCACAGUAUACCUCUGAAGUCACAAUCAGGAGAAGCUCUUUCUUUUUUUUUUGUAAAGUGAUAAUUUAAAAAUGUACCUCAAUUCCAAAAUAAGUCAGCUUGCCACAGUGUCGUCGUAUUUUCGCCCAAAAUAUAAACUUUUUAUCCUAUUUUGGCGAUAAUGAAGACAGGUUUUUAAUGUAUGUGAUCCUAAAAAAGUGGCAGUUUUGUAAAUGAGGUCCUUGGAGAUUAGGACAGUUUUCAGUGAUUUAUCAUUAUACUGUGUUAAAUUAGUACCGAGGGCGUGAAUCUCAAUGAUAAUGAGCAGCUCUAAAUUGAUCUCACUGACUUUGUUUGUGUCUGUGUGCCCCAGCAGACUGCCAGUUUGGAGACUGUGAACUCCAACUUCUUUUAAGUCCUGCAAACCCGACUGAAAUCUCACAAACUGUGGUUAAAACAAACACAACUGUGCCUUGUGUGAUCAGGGAUUAAAAGACAU